UCAAAAAAAAAAUUUAUAUGAAAUGAGUCGACUUUAAAUAAUCAAUCCAAACCUAACUCAGCCUAGUUAAUAAAAAAAUGGCCGCUAACGUCACCUAGCUCCUAUUACUACUUAUUAAACAAAGCCAAAUGUUAAUCAUUUAAAUAGCCAUGUGGACCCCUGAGGACCUGAGGUUUUGGGUCCAGUCUUUCCGUUCCAGCUGGCUUGAACCUCUUCGAGCACAUUCUUAGUUUGUUGUAGUUCAACGAAUCAGUGAUUUUUACGGAAACAGCACUGGAUUUUCAGCUAAACUAGUCGUCAUUUUAUUUUUCUUAGGAAAAAAUUGUUCUUUUAACAUUUUAAAAAAAUAGUAUAUAUUUGUUUAAUACCAGUAUCUUAACCGAUUGGAAAGGGUGUCCCCAAGUCCCAAUCAAUCCUAGUUUAUUAAGACAAACUAUUUUCGGCCACAUUAGUCAAUUGUCAACCUGAGCAAGUAUUUGGGAAGGGUUUAGUCUCUGGUGAGCCCACCAACCGAGCAAUUCUCAUUUUGCGAAAAGGAUUGAACUUCUUUGUCUUUGGCGGCCUAACCCUUUGUUUUUUCUUCUUUGCUCUUUCUCAUAGUGCCAAAUAACUAACUUGAACCGUCAAAUUAAUGUAUGUUCCAUAUGCACGCCGUUGAUUAAGGCUUCAUUGGGAUGACCGGUGUGAGUUACUAAACGAAAGGCAUAAACAUAAAAGAAACCUAUGUGUCUAUAUACCUUAGGGUGAAGGUCACACACUUUUUUCAAGGGCCAAGAUCAGAAUCCUUCCCGUAUCUCAACUUAUUUCUUCUUCUUUUCUUCCGUCAUUAUUGGAGAUGCAGCUUUUUCAGUUGCUCUCCAAAAUCCAAUCUUCUUCCCAUCUGCUAAACUUCGUUUUGGUCUCAUCUUCUGUUUGUGUCACCUAUCUUCUUGCAUCCAUAUUGUUAGUCCACAACUCAAAGCCGCCUAUUCAUGUAUAUUCCUCCUCCCAAGAUGCCUAUGCACCAACUACCAUGGAGCAUAUAGUGUUUGGGAUAGCUUCAAACCAGAAUUCAUGGGCAAAGAGAAAGGAGUAUGUUAAGCUAUGGUGGAAGCCUCGUCAAAUGCGUGGAUGUGUGUUCCUUGAAAGCAUGCCCCCUAAUGUAACUUCAAGGGAAAAUAAUAGUACUCUGCCUCCAAUAUGUAUCUCGGAGGACACUUCAAGGUUUCAUUACACUUACAGAGGUGGUCUCCGGUCAGCAAUUCGCGUGGCACGCGUAGUUGUAGAGACCGUUGCCCUUAAUUAUUCAAACGUACGGUGGUACAUUUUUGGGGAUGAUGACACCGUUUUCUUUCCAGAGAAUUUGGCAAAGACACUUUCCAAAUAUGAUCAUCGGCUUUGGUACUAUAUCGGGGCUGGCUCGGAGGUUUAUGAACAGAACAGGUUUUUCGGAUUUGGAAUGGCAUUUGGUGGAGCAGGUUUUGCUAUAAGUUAUCCUCUGGCUAAAGUUUUGGCAAAAGUUUUUGAUUCCUGUAUAGAACGCUAUCCUCAUCUCUAUGGAAGUGAUUCCAGGGUCUACUCUUGCAUGACAGAGCUUGGUGUAGGAUUGACACGCGAGCCAGGCUUUCACCAGUUUGAUGUCCGGGGUAAUGCAUUUGGUUUGUUGGCUGCCCAUCCAUUGACACCCUUGGUAUCACUCCAUCACAUAGAUCACGUGGACCCAAUCUUCCCAAACAUGACUGCUAUUAAUGCUAUGGAACAUUUACUUGAUGCAGCAAAUGUUGAUUCUGAAAGACUUUUGCAACAUACAGUAUGCUAUGAUCGUUGGUUUUCAUGGACGAUUUCGAUUUCAUGGGGUUAUGCUGUUCAAGUAUACAGCAAACACAUAUAUUUACCAGAUGUUCUCCCUGUGCAACAAACAUUCAGGCAGUGGAAAAAGGGAAAUGUUUUAGCAGGAUUGUACACUUUUAACACAAGAGAAUUUCACCCAGAUCCUUGCCAGAGACCCACAAUUUUCUUUCUGGACAGUAUAUCUUCUAGUAAGCAUGGAAUUAAGAGUUUUUACAAGAAAUCUUAUGAAAAUUGCACAAUUUACAUGGGUUCACCAAGGAAACUUGAGGAAAUCAGAGUCUCCACUAAGAAGCUAGACCUCAAUUAUAAACAGAUGCAGGCACCAAGAAGGCAUUGUUGCGACGUGUUACGUUCAACAUCCGGCAAACUGUUGGACAUUGCAAUAAGGGAAUGCAGCGAAGAUGAACUAAUUCACAUGUAUGCAUAGAUGUUUAACUUCAAAUAAUGAUUAUGGCUAAUACGACCAAUAAUGCUUGGUUAGAUCAGGAAAAAUUUCUAAGGAGGAAUUUUACAUCAGUGGCAGCUCUGGGAACAAUUUUCUUCUCCUUGUAAUGCUUGGUAUAUGGCUCUAUCUAUUGCCUUAAAGUGAGCCUUUUCAGCCCUUUACAUCAAUAUAUAGCAAUUAUUUGGAUCUAAGUUUGAUUCAAUAAUGAAAAAUUGACAAUCAA